CCCUGAACGUAACAUCAGACCAAAUGAAAAAAAAAGCGAAUUUCCAAUUUCCUUGUUUUUCCUGAACCCAACACUAGCAGGAACAGCUAACUUACACGUCUCCAUGGUCACUUCCGCCGAUGUAAACAGACUUCAUUGUUUUUUGCUCUAUUUUAACAGUAGGAUGUAUUACGGGCCCAAGUGAUGAUGGAGGUAUUAAUAGCCGCGCCGUAUUCAGAACCAGAACCGCGCGGAAUUAGCUUAGUAACUAGCUAGCACAAUACCAAACUAAUUGGGUUUGUUUGAAUGAGUGUGCUGCUCUUACGAGUCAGCUAGCUAGCUAAAACCUGGAAGCCACGAAAGCUGACAUCGGGGUUAUCCAAGUAAAGACAUGGAGGUGAAUUGUAAUUCUUAAAACUUGGACGCAAGAACAAGAAGCAAAGAACAUGAAGAAGUCCAAAAGUGGCACCUCGUCACCAGUGAACGGAAAACAAUGUAAUAGCGGAGACAACAGACGGAAGAGGAAAAUGGGAGAAAUCGCACAGGCCCUCAGUGUCAGCCCAGUGGAUGUAGCCACUCUGAGGAGAAUGGCUAUUAGUGAAGGAGGGCUGCUCACCGAUGAAAUCCGCUGUCAGGUCUGGCCCUGGCUGCUCAACGUCCCCCCGCAAGUUCUCGACCAGGAGCCGGACAAGGUAGAGCGGGAAAACAAUAAAGACUACAACCAAGUGUUGCUGGAUGUCCAGCGCUCACUGCGAAGGUUUCCACCUGGGAUGCCAGAUGAGCAGAGAGAAGGGUUACAGGAAGAGCUCAUAGACAUCAUCCUCCGAGUUCUGAAACGCAAUCCCCAGCUGCACUAUUACCAAGGAUACCACGACAUUGUCGUCACCUUUUUGUUGGUCCUGGGGGAGCGCUUGGCAACCGCGUUAGUGGAGAAGCUCUCCACACAUCACCUCAGGGAUUUCAUGGAUCCCACGAUGGACAACACAAAGCACAUCCUAAACUAUCUGAUGCCCAUCAUUGAGCGGGUCAACCCGGAGGUGCACGACUUCAUGCAACAGGCUGAAGUGGGGACGGUCUUUGCUCUCAGCUGGCUGAUCACCUGGUUCGGUCAUGUGUUGUCAGACUUCCGCCAUGUUGUGCGGUUGUAUGAUUUCUUCUUGGCCUGCCAUCCGCUGAUGCCCAUCUACUUCGCCGCCGUGAUCGUGUUGUACAGAGAAGAGGAAGUGCUGGAGUGUGAAUGCGACAUGGCCAUGGUUCAUCACCUGCUGUCCCAGAUUCCUCAGGAUCUCCCGUAUGAGCUGCUCAUCAGCCGAGCAGGAGACCUCUUUGUCCAGUUUCCUCCUUCGGAACUGGCUCGAGAAGUCGCCGUGCAUGAAAGCAUGGCAUCCUCUACCUUUAAAGACUUUGAACUCGCAUCGACUCAGCAGCGACCGGACUCGGUUCUGCGCCGCAGACGCAGGCAAAAGCAGGCGGCUCUGGACAGCUCCGCGGUGAAGCCAGCCGUGGCCGUGGCCCAACCUUCAACGGCGCGGCGGUUCGUCCGACUGGCGGUCAUGGGGCUGACGGUGGCUUUAGGGGCAGCGGCUCUUGCCGUGGUCAACUCGGCUUUAGAGUGGGCCCCCAAGCUGGACCUGUUUCCCUGAACCGCCUUUCGCAUCCUCCUCCCGCACUGCAACUAAUGUGUGUCACAUAAAAAACCAAACCCCAUCAAGCUGGCACGCCUGCUUUCAAGCAGCUUGUUAACCAGUGAAGCCACAGUGUGCAGAGCCUCUAACUCUGUCUGGAGCACACGCCGCCGGACUCCCGCUCCGCGCUGAGCUGAGCUGGUUAGGCCCCAAGUGCUGGAAGGAAGACUUUACCUUCCUAUGAGGAAGAAAACGCUCAAAGGAUGAGCUGGCAUAGUUAUUUUUAAAGUUUAUUUAUACUUCAGAUCAGGAUAUAUGCUUGAGUCGUGCACACGCCUGAAGGGUUCACUACACUUGAAACUGCUGCCAAUUCAGAAUGUGUGUGUGCGUGCGUGAGUGUGUGUGUGUGUGUGUGUG